UCUGUUUCCAUAGUGAUAAAAGAAACAAACCCUCCCUGGCUAGCUCCCUAAAACAAACCUCGCAAGUCAGGCUCAGUCAAAGGACUUUAGCUAGAGGAUGAAUUUCUCCUCAAGGGUAGCUUUCACCGUAAUACAACGAAAACUGAACUGAACUCUCUUCUAAGGGAAGCUCUUGGCGUGCCCGCGAAAACCUUCUAAAGCCGCUGGCUGGGUUUGCCAGUCUCCAAGGCAGUCUCGAGAUUUCUGCCUUGGCAUCUCAACCACUUGGGAGUAAGCGCUGCAACCAUGAGCUCUUAAACACCUUGAUUCGGUGAGAAGUGAACCCUGAUUUUGAGCUAAUGGUGUCUGGUUUCCCUAAAACAUUAUGAUUUCUUUAAGAUUCAGCUUGGGAAGGAACCACAAGGCCAAUGGAUCUGAAAGGAUUAAGGAGCCCCUGGCCUAGCAAGCCUGCCUAUGACCUGACCAUGUACCCCAAUCCUCUCAUCUACUGCACCUGCUGGGACCCCUGGAACUUGGGACCACGGAAGCUAAUCAAGACCCCUCAUCCACUUCCAAAGACUCCCACGGGGAAGUUUAAGCCAAUUUUACCUUCACCAGCUUCAAAAGAAGGCAGCUACUUCCUGUCCCAACCAGCAAAAUCUACUACUUUCCCAAAGGACAAAGCCCAGUCAGGAAAGACCGAGGACAGCAGCAAAGUACCGACUGAAGUGAUUAAAGUGUCACCUGGCUAUAAACUCAUUCGAAAUCGGGAACAGAUUUCAGUCACCUUGGGAGAUGAGAUGUUCAAUGGGAAAAAGCACUUGGAGUCGAACGUCUUGAGCAAAGUCAAAAUUUCCAGGACUGAUAUCAUUUCUGACCUUGAGGAGCAGAUCUCUGAAUUAACAACAAUAAUAGAACAGAUGAACAGAGACCACCAGUCUGCCCAGAAACUGCUCUCCAAAGAGAUGGAUCUCCGCUGUUCUGACAUGAAGCAGAAGUUUGAAACCGAGAACAGGGAACUCAAACAGACUCACAAAGAGGAGCUGGAGAGGUUAGAGAUGAACUACAAGGAGACACUGAAGGCAGAAAAGGCCUCAGCCCAAGAGAAACUAGAUGAGAUGGGCAAAGAAUAUAAGUAUCUGAAGAAUAUGUUUCACAUGUAUCAGGAUAGCAUUUACGAUGAAAUGGAGGACAAGUGGUCAAGGCGAAAGGCAGAAUGGGAGAAGGAUGAGAAGAUGGAGCGGGAAAAGAUCCUGCUACAACAAAAACAUAGGAUAACAAAAAAGUUUGAGUUAGAGUCAGAAGAAGAAAAGAAGAAAAUGAAUGAGUCCUUCACUGCUGUUUUUGAUCACUUCGCUAGAGAGAAAGAGGAGCUCAUAAGACAACAUAAUGAAGUGAUCCUGCAAAUGCAGGAGCUGAGAAAAUCCAAAGAGAUCUUGGAGGCUGAGUUGCGGGCACAAGCUGUUGUUCUGGAGACCCUGAACGCAAACCUUUACCAGUGCCAGAUAGAACUCCAGAGAGAGAAAGCUGUAGCGGGAAAUCUAGAGAAAUUGUUCCAGACGAAGCUUGCCGAGGCUGAAGAAAAGUAUAAGUACACCAUACAGAUCCUGACAGAAGAAAAUAACUGCCUCAGGCAGAAGAUGUUAACCACAACCAUAAAUGAGGAAACUUCUGAAGUGUCUGAGAAGACGUCUUCUGCCAGUUCCACUGUGUACGAGCCUGACGUUCCUGAACCUAUCAGCAACAAAAAGCAAGCAUCCUAGGUCACAAACGGCUCCCGGGAGGAGCAACGGCUCACGCGGGGAGCGACGGACUCUGGCAACUCUUCUGGAGAGAUCCACGGGAAAGGUCGAGUUCUUGAGUUCUUCUGAUGCUACUUUUGUCUUUUUUUCACAAUUUGCUCUCUUCAGAAUGGUUAGAAAUGUUUGAAUUCUUAUCCCAAUUAUAUCGUGGCUCUCUGUUGAGAACUGA